CCAUGGGACGAAACUGGCGCAACGAUUUACAAGAUUUCCUCCACUCUUAUCGAGCAACUCCUCAUAGUAUCACAAGACAUUCGCCGUCAGAAUUGCUUUUUGGAUGGAACAUUCGAGACAAAUUACCAGGAAACUCUAAGCCAGUCGACAUCUCUGAAGCAAGACAUAAUGAUGAGAAAUUCAAAGAAAAGGGUAGAGUGUAUGCAAACUUGAAACGUAAUGCGAAACCGAAUAAUAUCGAUGUAGGAGAUUAUGUGAUUGUGAAAAAUUUUAUAAAAAAGAAUAAAUUAACAACAACGUUCAACCCAGAUCAAUACCUCGUGAUACAACGUAAAGGUACACGUCUUCAACUAAAAAAUAUUAAAAGCGGAGUGAUUUGUAAUCGCCACGUCAAUCAUACCAAGCGGAUUCUAAAUGCAAACCCUAUGCUAGCUAUUGGGAGCGAUUCGGAAAACUAUUUUACAAUCCCCGGGGGUACGGAAGAAAUCGAUUCUACAAAUCUGGCAGACUCAUCUUAUAACAAUUGCAAUCAAACAAUGCAGCAGGCUUCAACAAACCAACCAUCAAUGACGGCUGAACAAACCGUACCAAUCAAGGAUGGCAAGCGCUCCGGAGGACCUCUUAGAGCUACCAGCAAGAGACCGAAACAUUUACCCGUAUACUUAUCAGAAUACAAACUUUAGCAUAAUAAAAUUCAUUUUCCAUAAAACGUAAGGAGGGAAUGUAGGAUCUAAGCAACACUUGACUUAUGUAGGUAACUAAUUAAGA